UGGUCUUCUGUCUGCCGCACCUCUCUUGAAGUCUUAUGCGAAGGUUGAGCCUGUGACAAUUGUAAAGCUUAACCAUUUUAUCACUACAGAUCCGCCCCAGGUAAUGAGUUAUGUAUAUGCAAUUAGCUCAUUCGUGUGUUUAAAUAUAAAGAUUGCUUUUUGACUGCACGCAAUGUUGAUGUUUAAGCAGCAGGAAAUAGAUUUCUUAUGCACUGCGAGAGUUUCUCGAGUUGAAGCGGACAAAGGGUGGUGCUAUGUUGCGUGUUCUAAGUGCAGCAAGAAAUUGCAACGCACUGUCACUUCUUUCGAAUGUGCACGCUGUAAUAAUCCUCAUGCGGUCGGAUCUUUACGGUAUGUAUCGAUUUGUUAUAAUAUGAUAGUUGGUCGCCUUCUUGAUCACUUGCGUCACACUGAUUCCACUUCGGUUUAUUUGUUCUCUUUUAGUUAUCGCGUUGAGAUGGUUGUAACUGAUGAUACUGCGGAAGGGACAUUUGUUUGCUUUGAUGGUGUUAUGACUAAGUUGCAUAAUCUCAGGGCAAGUGAGGCGGUCCAGUUACUGGCUGAAGAAGGAGUGAACCCUGAGGAUUCCGUGAUGCCUCCGUUCGUUGCAGGAAUGGAAGGCAAGACCUACACUUUCCAAGUCCGUGUCACGUCCUACAACUUCACCGUCAACCACCAGACGUUCACCGUGUCGCGUAUCAUCAAUGAGGUUGAGCGUGCACCAGAUCCAGAAUUUGUCGAUGAUGUAAGUGCAAUACUUAUUAUGAUAUUUCGCCAUUAGCAUAUGCAGCGUAUAACAAUUUGAAUGUAACAGGAAGGUAAUGACAAUGAUGAUGAUGAUGCGCCAGACGGGCCUAACAACCGUGAGAAGUCUGGUUCCGGCAAGGGCAAUUGUGAGUCAUCAAAGAGGGCUGGAAAGGAGUCAGUCGGUAAUGUGCGUAAGAGGGCGCAUAUUGCUUAAGAUAGAUCUUCGAUAAUAAUCUCUCGAUAUUCUGCAGCUUAAUAAUGUUUCUGCAUUCUUCUUUAUUCUCAUCUUUACUCUAUCUAUGUUAUGGAUUUUCUACAUUUACGUUGUUUUUUUUUUGUUUUUCAAACUCUCUACUUUAUGGUUGUUAUGGAUGCUUUUUAUAUUGAGUUGACAUAAUUUUAAAAAAGGAACAAGUUGAUGCUUUAUUUGAUUCCGAUGAGUUAAUAAAUGUUAGUGAUUAUUUUAUUAAAAGAUUUAGUGUUUUAUUUUAAUUGUGUACGUAAGUGGACGUCCAUAAUCAUAUUAUGGACUACAAAAACUUUGGGUACGUUAGUAUGAGUGUAUGUAUACAGUCCACGGUCUAAUAUAAUUAUGUAUAUGAGUAUGAAAAUAUUUAAUGUUCUUUAAAUUGUGUGCAUAAACUGACGUCCAUAAUCAUAUUAUGUAUUACAAAACUUUGGUUACGUGCAUGAGUGUACGUCUGUUGUCCACAAGCUAAUAUAAUUAUUAUUCUCCAUGUAUUUACGAAAGUUUUUCCUUUUUCUUUUUUUUUUUAAACUUAGUGUUAUCGCAUAUUGACCUCCUGCAUUAAUUACUAUGUCUGUAGCUAUAUAUCUUUGACACUGAGAAUGAGCUUCAAAACAGAAAGAGGGCGAUCACGGAAGAUCCUUCUUCACUGGCACUUGACGAUAGUAUCAUCGUCCCCUUGAUUGAGAUGCUAGACAUCCACAAUCAUCUAGCGAGGACUUUCAGACACGCAAGCUACCGGUACAAAGCCACUGGAUCAAUCGAAUUCAGUAUCACAUUGGUCAGACAGCCAAACCGAGGUCGUCAAUAUGAUCUUCCUACUGCGAAUGAAAUCGGUGGACUAAUCGUUGGGGACUUAUCUGCAACGUCAGUAGGAAAAGAUAUAGUGGUUGAGCUGAAGUCAUCAGCACUUCAGAGGAUAAGUGAUCUUCACCCACUGCUGAUGAGUCUUCAAUAUCCAUUGUUAUUUCCUGAUGGGGAUACCGGUUACCACGAGAGAUUACCAUACUGUGGACCAGAGGCAUCCACUGUGAGAAGAGAAUACAUGACAAUGCGUGAGUUCUAUGCUUACCAAAUCCAGACUAGGCCUUCAGAAGGAAUGACAAUAAUUAAGGGUGGAAAACUGUUCCAUCAGUAUAUUGUUGACGCGUACGUAGCUACCGAGACGGAGAGGCUGCGGUUUAUUAGUCUGAAUCAGAAGAAACUGAGAGCAGAUCUAUAUAAUAACGUAUGCGACGCAGUUGAAAUAGGCGAUGCAGAUGCAACGCAGCUUGGAAAAAAAGUCAUCCUGCCUUCGUCCUUCACUGCUAGCCCUCGGUAUAUGUCUGAAAAAUAUCAAGACGCCAUGGCUAUCUGUCGUUGGUAUGGAAAUCCUCAUCUGUUUAUCACUGUCACCGCAAAUCCAAAUUGGGUAGAGCUCACCGAUCAUCUUGAUGCAUAUGGGGGUGAUUCCGCUAAUAGUCGACCUGAUCUGGAGUGUCGGAUUUUCAAACUUAAGCUUGAUGAGAUGAUGGCAGAUUUUAAAAAGGGAGUAUACUUCCCGAAACCCGACGCAGGUAAAAAUACUACUAUAUACUAAACUAUUAUUAUAUGUUUUCGCUUAUCAGUUUAUAAUAUGUUCAGGAUCGUUUUGAAAGUUUUUAAAAUAUCGGUGUGACAUAUAAUAUUACUACGAUAUUUUAUGAUAAAUUUUAAGUUUUCAUAUAAGAAUUUAUUUUGAAAGUUUACAUACUUUUUAAUUUUAAUUAUAUAACUGAAAUAUAUGUAUAAAUUCAAAUGAGAUGAACCAUCAUACUAUAGAAUAUGAUAUUUAGUGAUUAUUUACAUCAAUUAAGAAAGGUUGUUUAAACAAUAAACUGAAUAAAUUCUUAGUUCAUUAGAAUAUAUAAACGCUAAAUAGUAGUAGACUCAAAUUUAUAUAUACGAUCUAAAUAAAUUAAUUGUACAAAAACAUCAUAAUCUGCAUCAUAUGUUUUACGAAGUGAAAAUUAAUUUGAACACACAUAAUAUAUAAUCUGGAUUAUAGUGAUUAGUUAAAUAAAUUAUGUAGAGUUGUUUAAAAAAUAAACCAAAUAUAUUUUAAUGUAAAAGAGUACACAAACGUUAAUAUCAGUAG